CUCAACUCCACGACCACCCAACGACCCUUGCCCGCUGCGUUCCUGGUGAAGGGCUGCAGGAUUAGAGUCCCCUCGAAACAGCAAACAUGGGUAUUUCUCGCGACUCCCGCCACAAGCGCUCGGCUACCGGUGCUAAGAGGGCCACCUACCGCAAGAAGAGGGCGUUCGAGAAGGGUCGCCAGCCCGCCAACACCCGUAUCGGCAACAAGAGAAUCCACCUUGUCCGCACCCGUGGUGGUAACCGCAAGUUCCGUGCCCUCCGUCUCGACUCCGGUAACUUCUCCUGGGGUUCCGAGGGUAUCUCCCGCAAGACCCGUGUCAUCGUUGUCGCCUACCACCCUUCCAACAACGAGCUGGUCCGUACCAACACCCUGACCAAGUCGGCCGUUGUCCAGAUUGAUGCUGCUCCUUUCCGUCAAUGGUACGAGGCCCACUACGGCCAGCCCCUCGGCCGUAGACGCCAGCAGAAGACCGAGACCACCGAGGAGAAGAAGAGCAACAGCGUUGUGAAGAAGCAGGCUGAGCGCUUCGCCGAGAGCGGUAAGGUCGAGUCUGCCAUCGAGAGACAGUUCGAGGCCGGUCGUCUCUACGCCGUCAUUGCUUCCCGCCCUGGCCAGAGCGGUCGUGUUGACGGUUACAUCCUGGAGGGUGAUGAGCUCGCUUUCUACCAGAAGGCUAUCAGGAAGUAAAAAAGGAAAAUCGUGUUGUAAAAGGGUGGUAUCGGAGUUUCAGCAAUUUUUUCCAGAAUACAUUUAUGAUCUCUGGGGCACUACGGGUGCAUUGUGUGUAGAGCUCUGAGCUGUCAGCAAUGGAAUGAUCCUCGUUAUGUUCUGUCGAAUUUGAAUAAUCGUUUCCUUUUUUUUCCCCCUCUUCUAGAGUUUUUUUUUUUUUUUUAAGAAAAAAAUCACUUUCCCCAC